AUUAAAUACAAACUUCAACUAUAAAAGUUCAUGCAGUUUGUCACUCCAUUACCAUAUUUCUAAUAUCUGUCUGAAACAUGUCAUUACAUCAUCCAAAAGAGUUCUUGAAGAUUGUUCAACACCAUGAACUGCAUAACGGAGAGCUUAGGGUUCCCAAGAAAUUUGUGGAGAAAUAUUGGAAAAGAAUACCAAAUCCAGUAAUUCUUAGACUCCCAAAUGGUGCUCAAAAGGAAAUAUUUUGGGUGGAGCGUGACGGUGAUAUUUGGUUUAAGAGAAAUUGGGAAAAUUUUGCAAAGUCUCUAAAACAUGGAUAUGCUUUAGUUUUCAAAUAUUUAGGUGGCCCAUAUUUUAAAGUUAAGAUAUUUGGUCACAAUACAUUGGAAAAAGACUAUUCCAAUAUAAAAUUCAUAGAUGAAAGUUGUGAAGGUAGAGAAGAAGUUGUUCAAGAAGUUCAAAGGAGAAAAAAUGGCAAGAGAAAAAUUAGUCAGCAAAAAAUCACAGGUAGUAACAAAGGAGGCAUAAUUAAGAAGGCUAAAAAAUGCUCAACAAUUAGUGAGAAAGAAAAUAAUGAAAAUCCAAGUUUUGAACUUGAAAUGUCACAAACUUACGCCCAUGGCUAUACUUUGAGGAUACCAAGUGACUUUUCAAGAACAUAUUUGAAUGAAAACCUUAAAGGGUCAUCUGGAAGCAUUAGAUUUGGUGAGAACAUGCCUAUGAAAGUGAAGGUGAGGUUUCAAGAUAUCAAGAAUAAUAGAACAUGCAUUGUGACUAGUGGUUGGAAGCCAUUUGCCAAAAAAUAUAACUUACAAGUUGGUGAUAAAUGUAAAUUUGUGAUGACUCAACUUCAACCACUUUCAUUCACCAUAACUAUUACCCAAGCCAAAGGUUAUGAAGGAAUGAUCUCCUGUGAUGAUGAUAUUGGGAAGAGAAUAGGCAUUGAAGGAAGUUCAAGGAGCUGCCAUGUUCUCCCAAAUUGGGAGGGUUCGGCUUGACCUUUUUGCAGCGGAUGGCUCGUAAACCCGAAAGGGUCUGUUGUGAUUCAUAAACUCGAAAGGGUUUGGUUUGUUUAACCCGAAAGGGUCUAGUUCCUAACGUAUUGGACUCAUCCCACGAUCUGAGUCUUUACACGUUGCUUUGCUCGAAAGGCACUUUAUGUUUGAUGUUGAUCAGGGAGCUGUUGGCACUUGAGUUUGUUACCGUGUUGGUGGUCAAUCCAUUCGCCUUUCUUAGACUCUAGUUGUUCUUAGCAGAUUAUCACUUUUCAUGCUUUUUUUUUUUAACCUGGUUUCGCGCCCGUACGCGGGUUCGCUGGGUUGCGCUUGUGAUUAGUUUUUUUUUUAUUAGAAUAGAUCAGAGUCUAUCCAUUUUAGACUGCUUUCUCAUGAUGUAUUCUCAGUUGGGUUAUUCCUGGGUCAGAUCAAAUGCCCCCAGUCUUUGUAACUCUUUCCUUUUAUUUUAUCUAUUUCCUAUUUUGCUUAAAAAAAAAAUAUUUACCUCUCCCUCAUAUAUUACAAAUUAUUUAAAAGUUCAAGGAUCCAAUUAAGAAAAAUAGGUCAAGAAUGUAAUAAAACUCCGUAAAUAGUGUACUCCUUCCGUCCCAAAAUGUAAGCAAAAAUGAGU